AUGCUAUCUUUCAAAAGAAAGAAAAAAGAAAAAGAUAAAGAAAGCGAACCCAUAACAAACGAGGAAACAAAACUAGUCACGAAAACCAUAUACGACAAUAUGGAAGUAAAUAUGCAACUUUCAAGACUGGAAGAAGCAAAGAUCCUCACAACUGCCCUAAGGCACUAUGUGAGGAAUAAGCAUAUCAAAGGAAACAAAAUCACCUUCCUGGUUCCGGGAGCGGUGGAUCGAAUUCAGCUGAAAUGUCAUAAUAUUCCUACAGACGUCACCGAACUGGAAAGACUCCUAAAGCAAGUCUUCGACAGAAGAAACGAGGUCUUGGACCUUGAGGAACUGUACAGACUACAAAACAUCAAAACUACAGAUAAAGGGACAGUAAUACUUACGAGUAGAGAUAAAGAGCAACAGGAAAAAAUAAUGAAAGCACUCAGCAACAAAGAAGACAUCGAAAUCAAGACGACACGAGGAAAACUACCGAAAGUCACCAUAACGGGAGUGUUAGGAGGCUACACCAACGAGGAAUUCGAAAGGGAAUUCAUCACCCAGAAUGGACAACUUUUAAAAAAGGAAAAGAUAAUCGAAAGAUCUAAAAGGCAACAAGAACAUACCUUGUUCGUUACAUCGAACAAAAAUGAAAAUGGGAAAAAAGUGCAAGAUGAGGUGACCAAGAUUUUGGAUCCAAGGACCCAAAUCUUAAAGAUCAAUAGAAUGAAGACCACAGCAAAAGCACUAAUCAUCGAAGCUUCCUCGAAAGAGGAUCUCGAGAAAAUUAUGAACAACCCAAACAUAAAAAAGAACUUUAAGUGUGAGUUACCCAAAAAGAAAAGACCACUAAUGAUCAUAUAUGAUGUAACGACAAGUAAGCAAGACAAUGAGAUCUUGGAGGAUAUAAGGACGCAAAAUUUUGGGGACAUUUCAGAAGAAGACUUUCUGAAUGAGCUAAAAAUCAGGUUCAAAACAGGACCAAAAGGAAAACCAACAUGUAAUUUAGUUGUGGAGGUAUCUCCACAACUCAGAAAAAGGAUGUAUGGGGAAAAGAUUUACAUUGGUUUUACCAGUGUGAAUACGAAGGACUACCUAGCAGUUCCCAGAUGCAUGAAAUGCCAAGACCUCGGUCACAAAUAUUGUGCAAAAACAGAAAAUGUGUGUAGCCACUGUGGCGAGAGCGGGCAUGAAAAGAAGGAUUGUCCUAAAAAGCAGAAACCAAGCACUUGCAUACCAUGCAAGAUGAGGGGAAAAUCCUGUAAAAAAGGGUCAGACUGCCAGACGCACAAAAUGCUGCUGGACAGGAUGAUACGAAAGACUGAUUAUGGCCAGUAA